CCUGCAGCUGCUGCUCGGAGCUUUAUCUGCUAAAGUUACUCAGCUGGAAAACAGCCCAGAUGCCUUAAAUAAGUGGGAGGAGUGGCUGUUAGUGCGCACUUUUAAGUACAAAUUCAAUGCAAUUUCUUUCUUUCUCGCUUUACUUCCACUAUACGACAGCGGUAAAUAUAUUUUAAGCCCUCAUAAAGUUUGAUUUUCAGCACCUGGGGCAAAAUAAUCAGGGCUGUCACUCCGUUGGCGAACAUGUGGGGGCAGUACUGAGUAAUGAGCCUACCGGGGAAUAACCCCACGAAGAAGACUGUCAGGCUCGCCAUGGCGGAAACAGAGCAGCAGUCAGGGUCCACUCCUGAAGAUGAAGCCCCUGAGGCGGGGGCCAGCUUCACCUUUAUGGUGCCCAAGAAAGAAAUCAGCAUGGUGCCUGACAUGGGAAAGUGGAAGCGAUCUCAGGCCUACGCCGACUACAUCGGCUUCGUUCUGACUCUGAAUGAAGGUGUGAAGGGGAAGAAGCUCACAUGUGAAUAUAAAGUGUCUGAGACGGUGGAGAAGCUCGUAGACCUUCUCGGGACUCUGGACCGAUGGAUAAAUGAGACUCCGCCCGUCGACCAGCCGUCACGCUUCGGGAAUAAGGCGUACAGAAGCUGGUACGCCAAACUAGACCAGGAAGCAGAGGCGUUGGUGUCAGCGGUCCUUCCUGCUGAUAAAUGUGCAGCCGCUCCGGAGAUCGCCGUCUACCUGAAAGAGUCCGUGGGAAACCCCACCAGGAUAGACUACGGCACAGGUCACGAAGCGGCUUUCGCAGCGUUCCUCUGCUGCCUCUGUAAGGUCGGAGCGCUCAGGGUGGAUGAUCAGCUGGCUAUCGUCUUUAAGGUGUUCAACAGGUAUCUCGAGGUGAUGCGGAAGCUGCAGAAGACCUACAGGAUGGAGCCGGCUGGGAGUCAAGGGGUUUGGGGUCUGGACGACUUCCAGUUUCUGCCUUUCAUCUGGGGCAGCUCCCAGUUCGUAGAUCACCCGACCUUGGAGCCUCGGCACUUUGUCGACGAGCGGGUGGUGAACGAGCACCACCAGGACUACAUGUUUCUGGAGUGCAUCAAGUUCAUUAAUGAGAUGAAGACGGGUCCGUUUGCCGAACACUCCAACCAGCUGUGGAACAUCAGCGCCGUUCCCUCCUGGUCCAAAGUCAACCAGGGCCUGAUCCGAAUGUACAAAGCCGAGUGUUUGGAGAAGUUCCCCGUCAUCCAGCACUUCAAGUUCGGUAGCUUGCUGUCCAUCCAGCCGUCGAAGCCUUAACGCUCACGGGAGGAAAUGCGACGGAAAAGACCAAAAUCCCAACUCGUCGGAACCUACAGCUUCCCUUCCUCCGGCGUCCUCACGUGCAAAUCCGACAGUAGCAAAAGGCAACCACAUGUAGUGACACCUCAUUCCCUCAUGGGCACGCGUGUGGUCAUGACAGCUUGCAGACAUCCAUAACUUUAAUGCAGAAGUGGACGAAGACCUUUGUGAAUCUGGGGCGGCGCAUUUUUGUCGUGUUAUUUAUAUGAUGAUAGAGUUUGAGGGACUUUUGUUUUAUUUUCAGGUUUGCUCAUUGGUGCUUCAUAUUUAAAUCUGACACUGGAGUGGAGAAACAGCAGACUUUGUUCCAGCUGCAGUUUUAUUUUUAGGCCAGAUGUUUGCGUUUCUUUGCAGAUUUACCAGUGAUGAAAUUUCCCAUUUUAUCCAAACAUCUCAUUCAUAAUUUGACAUGGAUAGUGUUCUGUAUAUAUUAGCGUUUAUGACGUGUAUUCAGGGCAAAGUCAUGGAUCAGAUUUGACUGUUUGCAUGAAAGCUCGUUAGUUUUCUGUCCCUCACAGUCAUGUCAGUAGUGCAGACCAGUGUGUUGGUCAGACCUGGUCUGCAUCCAUUAUUUCACCUGACAUCAGCUCCAAUAGUAAAUAUGUAAAUUGACAAAACAUAAAUAAAUUCCUGUGGUUGA